AUGGGCCAGCGUGAGGGAUCUCAGCACUCCACAGACUUUACACUUACACUCGACUCUACACUACAGACUCUACACUCCACAGACUCUACACUCCACAGGACUCUUCCAGCACUCCCCAGACUCUACACUCCAAGACUCUACACUCCACCAGACUCUACACUCCACAGCACUCCCCAGACUCUACACUCCACAGCUCCCCAGACUCUACACUCCACAGCACUCCCGACUCUACACUCCACAGCACUCCCCAGACUCUACACUCCAACUCCAGGCACUCUCCACUCCACAGACUCUACACUCCACAGCACUCCACUCGCCACUCCCCAGACUCUACACUCCACAGCACUCCCCAGACUCUACACUCCACAGCACCCCCAGACUCUACACUCCACAGCACUCCCCAGACUCUACACUCCAGCACUCUCUACACUCCACAGCACUCCCCUGACUCUCUACACUCCCAGCACUCCCCAGACUCUACACUCCACACACUCCACUCCCCAGACUCUACACUCCACAGCACCCCAGACUCUACACUCCACAGCACUCUCUACACUCCACAGCACUCCCCAGACUCUACACUCCACACUCCAACACUCCCCAGACUCUAACACUCCACACUCUGCACUCCCCAGACUCUACACUCCACAGUACACUCCACAGCACUCCCCAGACUCUCACUUCUGCACUCCCCAGUCCACAGCACUCCCCAGACUACACUCUUCCCAACUCUACAUCCACAGCACUCCCAGACUCUACACUCCACAGCACUCCCCAGACUCUACACUCCUCUCACUCCACAGCAACUCCCCAGACUCUAGAACUCUACACUCCACAGCACUGAUCUCACUCCACAGCACUCCCAGACUCUACACUCCACAGCACUCCCAGACUCUACACUCCACAGCACUCCCCAGACUCUACACUCCACAGCACUUCGACUCUACACUCCACAGCACUCCCAGACUCUACACUCACAGCACUCCACUCUACACUCCACAGCACUCCCCAGACUCUACACUCCACAGCACUCCCAGACUCUACACUCCACAGCACUCUACACUCCACAGCACUCCCCAGACUCUACACUCCACAGCAGAGCACUCUCUACACUCCACAGCACUCCCCACUCUACACUCCACAGGACUCUACACUCCACAGAAGACUCCACUCAGACUCUACACUCCACAGCACUCCCCAGACUCUACACUCCACAGCACUCCCCAGCAACUCUACACUCCACAGCAGAACUCUACACUCCACAGACUCUACACUCCACAGACUCUAGACUCUACACAGACAGCACUCCAGACUCUACACUCCACAGCACUCUCUACACUCCACAGCACUUCCCAGACUCGCACUCCCCAGUCUACACUCUCUACACUCCACAGCACUCCCCAGACUGGAGUCUGUGACUCACACUCUACUUCCACAGACUAUCUACACCUCUAUGUUGACGCAGAGAGCAAGUUUUUGGCAACUGAUGUCAGAAGAAGAGGAAAGCGAAGUGAUAGGGUGUCGUCUUCAGAGGAAGUGACCCGUACAUGUGCUUCGAAAGUAACGUUUUCAAAAGUCCGGCUCACAAGAAGCUACAAAACUCUUCGGUGA